AUGCCAUUGCGCUUGUUGUGUCUCCAUGGUUGGGGCACCAGCGGUCUUAUAAGUGACCUGCAACGGGAUAAUAUGGCCACCUUCCAUUUCCUAGAGGGCGAGGUCGACUCCGACCCAGGGCCAGGCAUCGCAGGCUUCUAUGAAGGUCCCUACUAUAGCUACUAUCGCUUCCCGCGGACAUUUUCUCUAGAAGACCGUGACGAAACAGACAUCCUCGAAGCCUACGAGCUCCUCUACGAGACAAUCGCACUCCACGGCCCCUUCGACGGCGUCCUAGGCUUCUCACACGGUGGCACCUUGGCCGCCGGCUUCAUGAUCCACCACGCAAAACUCCACCAGAACAGAAUGCUACCACCGGAGCCGCCGCUGUUCCGGUGUGCCAUCUUCGUCAAUUCCUUACCGCCGUUUCACAUGGAUCCCGGUAAAUUCCCCGUGAUAGAUCCGGGUCUGGAUGGCUACAUAACCAUCCCCUGUGUAAGUAUCACCGGCGCACAAGAUCCGCUCUUCGAUUGCUCGCUCGCUCUGCAUCGCCUCUGUGAUUCCAGGUCGUCGACCUUUGUCGUGCAUGGGAAGGGCCAUGAUGUCCCCACAGACCGGAAGAAUGUUGCCCUUAUGGCGGCUGCGAUUCGAAAGUUGGCUAUCCAUAUCUCGGGCUUAUAG